AUGGCAAAUGGUAUUGGUAGGUGUUUACGUGAGUGGGGGAUAAAUAAGAUCUUCACUGUCACAGUUGAUAAUUCAAGCUCAAAUGAUGUGACAAUAAAAGAAUUAUCUAAGCAAUUAACAAAAAUGGGAACUAAUUUGAUGAAUGGUACUCACCUUCACGUGAGAUAUAUGGCUCACAUCAUGAAUCUUGUGGUCCAGGAUGGUUUAAAAGAAUCUUCAGUGUCAAUUGAACGCGUUAGGAAUGCAGUGAGAUAUGUUAGGCAGUCUCCUGCGAGGUUGAAGAGGUUUCAAGAAUGUUUUGAUGAUGAACAACUCAAUUGUAAAAAAACUUUAUUCUUGGAUGUUCCAACUAGGUGGAAUUCCACCUACUUAAUGUUGCGUAGGGCUGUUAAAUUUGAAAGUGCAUUUGCACAUUAUGCUUCUAGGGAAAUUGGCUUGAGACAUUAUCUUGAGCAUUCUUAUGUUGAAGUUGAAAUUCCUAUAGUUGCUGUUUAUUUAAAGCAAUUGAUAGCAAAUGAAGAUACAGUUUUAAGUGAAAUGGCAAAGAAGAUGAAAGAAAAGUUUGAUAAAUAUUGGGGUGAUCCAGGAAAAAUGAACAAGAUAAUUUUUAUCUCAUGUAUUUUGGAUCCACGUUACAAGCUCGAAUCAAUUGGCUAUGCACUUGUAAAGAUGUUUGGUGUAGAUCCAGGGACAACUAUACAAGCAGAAUUGACGAAGUACAUGACUUCAUUAUUUAGUGAGUAUAUAAAGUCCAGCUCAAAAGCUGUCGUGCUUGCUUCAUCUUCAGAUUGUUCUUCAUUGGACACAUCCACUUUCGGGCUUUCUGGCACUCAAAUGGCUCGUGAUGUAUUAGCUGUUCCGGUUUCAAGUGUAGCAUCCGAAUGUGCAUUUAGUACGGGAAGACGUCUUCUUGAUUCAUUUAGGAGUUCAUUAACUCCUAAAUUGGUGCAAGCUCUAGUGUGUCUUCAAGAUUGA